ACCAGAAAAUGUAAAAAUACAAACAAUGGCCACAGAAGAAGUAAAAAUUGGGUCGGGAAAUCACAUGUCGUUUCGAUGUACCGCUAAAGGUGAYGACAAAGUCAAAAUCAAGUGGUCUAUCAAGGGCAAAGCUGUCGCAAACAGCACAUAUACUCAAAGUUACAGCAAUACAAAGAUUACAAGCGAUUUUAAGCUUCCUUUAGAGAGGUUUAAGGAGAUAAAGGAGAGAUUCCAGUGUGAGAUCAUCGCAGGGAAUCGACUUCAGUGCGAUAUCGUCGUAUCGUGCGUGGCUUAUCGAGUAAACGCCUUUGCUACCAGAGAUGAUGUUUCAGUCAGGAUAACUAUGGAUGUUCCAAAGGAAUAUUUACCCAAACCUACCACAAUACAACCAAUGGAACAUCCCACAUUGAACACAAAGAAGCAGAAAACUAAAGUUACCAGUGACAAUCGACAACACAAGACAGAAGAAAAACCUACUCUCAAACUCAAGAAAAAGGUCGAAAUCAAUCCCUUCAAAGCUGAUUUCUGGAGAAUAUUUUCUGGGACUUCUAAGUCAUCUUCAARAGCCUGGRUUMUAGUCGCGACAGGAAUUGUGGGAGUAUUGCUGUUGUAGUUCUCGUGAAAAUUGUUAUGCUCCAAGCUUUUGGAAUCUUCUUUGAAUCAAACACUCUGAGGAUCCUUGCCUGAUAUAAAAUUAUCUUUUUUUGUGCGUGCUUGAAAGUCGAGGCCCAAUAAUAAAGGGGAUUUCGAACACAGGCAAUUGGAAUCCUCUCUCGUUGACAAAUUCAUGACCAGUCUACUUUCUUUACCAUAACAAAGGGAACCCGUUACCAAGAUUCCAUCUAAAAAGAACAACAGUUACAAACUGAGCUUUUCUAAAUGGUGUCUUUGGAGAACAAUGAUUCAAUUCACUAACCCUGUUUGUGUCCUACUUCGUUCCUCUAUGUGGCUUCUUUAGGCUUAUAAGAACUUAAUGUCUAACGUUUGUACACUAAAGUUGUGUAUGUUUAGCACUGUAAGAUCUAAAACSAUUGCUGUUUCUUCAGUAAAUUAAGGGGUGUACAUUUUACUCAAGUUUAACAGGUUUAUCCAGAAAAAUCCGGGUUUAUUUAAGCAGURAUAAACAAGAAAUGGAGCAUGAAUUGCUGUUCAGUGAUUUGUGAGAUGUGCGACAGUUUGUCAUUUCUUAAAAUAAGUAGAAAUACAUG